AUGAACAGUAGGAAGUUCUUCAAAAAGAAGACACUCUCUGAGCAGGAGCACCUCACGGACGCAUCAGCGCUGACUCCCCAAGACUUGGCAAGCAGCAAGACGAAAUUUGACACAAACACGCGCAUGGACAACUUCAAGCCAGAGCAGCGCGCACAGAACGACAACAGCGGAGGCGUAUACUGGAAGACAUACGGCUGGAGAAGCACGGACCUGGUAGCGUUCGAGGUCUUGCGGAAGGUCCAUUCCAAGAUCUUGGCAUAUGGGAGGCGGAGGACACGGUCCGUUGGAUGUCUGACCCCGUCGACAAUGUGGAGCUCCGGACUGACAGAGGGCGACAUCGUGACCAAUUAG